AGGGAGAUUUUAUUGCUUCUUUGUAGCCUACUUACUGCUCACUAGACAUGUUAUGGAGUAGCCUACCAUAUAAAUACCAUAGUUACCGUUACGUUGAAGUAGGUGCAUCGGCGUAUAUUUUUCACUACACUAGCUAUUCUAUCCUUCCAAAUUUUAAUAUCCUCAAUUUGAUGUCGAUUUGAGACUAGCAUUUAUAGUUGCUGUUCCCGUAACGAUGAGGCUUACCAUCUCAGUGUUUGAUUACACAAGAUUGUAACUUAGCAGUGCGGUCCACUCCCACGGAGGGAUACCAAGAGAUCGCUUGAGUCUAGGGAACACGAUUGGAGAAUUCUUGCGUGUUCGAUAAAUGGUAAAUGUAGGCUACCCAAACCUUUCCAAUUGCCUAGCAUGAUGAUGAACCACAGAGGAAGACGCCUAAGCUCUGAGUGUUUGGAGUUACACGUACUCUGUGUGCCUAUUGAACUGUGGAAUUCAAAAAGAAACACAAUUUCAUCUGAAGUCAUUGAUAAUUUCAUAUCUGCAGGGCUUAUAAGGGUUUAUCCAGAUAUCACACUGAAAGCACUUAGAGAUGAACUUGGGGUCCUACUUGGUGGAGACAUCAUAAUUGACAGAUACUCCUUCCUAAAAUGUGUUGGUAGAAGUCUGGCACUGGUCAAGCCCAAACAAGAAAGAGAACUCAAAGUAAAAGCCUUCUCACCUCCCUAUGCCCCUUAUCCUGAACUGUACCUGUUGCCCUCUUUUCUGGACACCAGUGGAAGCACGCGGUCACACUCACACACCUCAGAGAUGCAGAGUUACAGCUCAAACCCACACACCAGCUUUCGCUCAGAGCCAUUAACAUCAAUAGCCACGGAAUCAAAAGAGCCUGUCCGGUUUCCUGAAAUAAAAAAGCUGUCCAAUCAGCCUCCAACUCUUAGUCUGGAUGGUGAUGGUGGCGGUGUUGACGAUGAUAGCUUAAUUUCCAGUGAGGACAAAGAGGAAGAUGGUUCUUCUUACAAUUCAGGAUGGGGAGAAGACCACAGCCAAAACGAGAACAUUCGUGAGCAGCUUCAUACCAAAAAAGGAAAUCCCGACAAGUUAUGCCCAGCCAGAACGGUCAGUUCGGCAACAAAGAAAUGUUCCACAAAGAGAAUCCAAACCAGAGACUCAGGAGUGCCUGACUCCGUGGAGGAUGUGGACAGCUUAUCUCUCAACCAAGACAGAAAAUACAGAGACAACAAAAACAACAGAAUCGAGUAUACAAAAGAGUGUUCUCCAACAGCAGCUUCCUCCUAUAUAAUCACUGCAAGAAAACCUGUGGUCACCGUCUUCUCGACUAACAGGCAGGAGCUACUGGAGGAAGUCCGAAUGGUGAUGGAGGAGAGAAAGCAGUUGGAACGGAUUAGACAAGACCUUCUGAGGAAGGGCAAAGACCUUCUGGCUCUCAACAGACACCGGAGGAAUCAAGCUCGUAAUGGCUGGAAGAGGAAAUAUUUUGAUACCAAGAAAGCUACGGCACCCCUGGAAGAAAGCCUGAAGAAUGUCCGGCAGGAACUGGAGACUUUCUACAACAAACUCUUGCAACAGCUACAAGCGAGAGAAGGCAGAAAGAAACACAGACGUCUGGGGAAAGUCUCCAGCAUUAAAAAUGAUCUGAUCAUCCAGAUUAUGACAGAGAGCUACGAAAUAGAUGAUUUAAGAAGGAAGGUAGAAGACUGCAAAAUGAAACUGGAAACAGAGCAGAAGCUAAGAGUACAAGCGGCCACAGAACGACAAACACUGAAGGCUGAGCUGGCUUCAAAGAAAUCACAGCCUUCUGUCUACAAGUCACCUGUAGAUGUUGGAGGCAGCGGGCAGCAGUAUACCAAACCUCCUGCAGUGCAGAAACAAGCCUGACCCAUAGGAAAUCGGACCAUAGAGCUUGAACAUAUUUCAGUAAAAAUAUUUAAAGGCAUAAUCUGUGAUCCAAAACCCUUUUUUUCCCUUUAAAUCUAUAGAAUUGCUCAUC